UACCCCGCGGUCGGCGCCGUCCCCCGGGAGCAGAUUGGUCCGCGCAGCCGUGAGGUACGGACUUGAGAGCGUGAAUCCGUCAGUUGGCGACCGAGUCUAGCAGCGCGAACAUUGGCGCCGGUGUCAGUUGGCGCCCGAGAGACUGGAAGUGUGUGGAGUCACAUUGGGUCAAGAGUUACGUGCUGGCGGUACACACCGGAGUGAUGAGUUUAUCGCAGAUUGUUCGGAUUAGCCGCGAGAUGAGUUUACCGCAGUUGUUGAGAGAGAGGAUGAGGACCAUAGCGCCUACGGAAGACCGGUCGAUCAAUACCGUCAAGCGGAAGCUGUUCGGUCCGGUCGAUCACGCCCACAACCUCAAGUUCGUUCACGAGGAGAUGGCCAAGAUCCAACAGGCAGACUGCAAGCGCUGGAACUUUGACUUCCAGGAAGAGAAGCCGCUGGAAGGUCGCUAUGAUUGGCAGCCAGUGGAUGAGAAUGUCCCUCAAGCUUAUGAGAUUCCAAAUCUCACUAGUCGAACCUCACGAUCAACUCAUCAAUCCUCAUCAUCAUCCUCCAGUACAUCGAGGAGAAACAAAUUCGUCAAACGACUCAUCAAAAGGUCUCCUCCUCCUCCCAGCAGCAAGUCGACGCAGAAGCUCUGUACAGACUACUUCAGACAAGUGAAGACGCCGCAGAACCCGGGCUUGAAACCCACGCAAGACAAGGCUGAAGUCCUGCCCAGCCCGACUAAGCCUGCCAUCACUAAACUAACAGACAUCUUGAAAAUAAGGUCACUGAACGUCAGAUAAUGGAUUACUUGUACUCCCGCGUGAUACAACGAUCAUAUGACCUUUCCAAAGGUCCAGUGUACUGUCUCUUGAACUCUUAAGUGACGUUCAGGAAAAACGAACGAGAAAUUUACGUCUCCAUGACGCAAGUGUUGUGGUUUGUGAACGUACUUGUGUAGACGGAGCCGACUCUGGCAAACAAACUUCUUCCACGUGAGUGUGUUUGCGAUGUGACCUUCCUGUGUGUGACCCUGCCUCUGCUGUACGGCCACCAUCCCUCCUAUUAAACUCAAGCAGACUCCUUCGCAAUUCAGUGAUUCGCUCCAUUUGCAGUGUCUGCCGUGGCGGAGACGACACCUGCAGCUGCAGAACCGCUGCCUGCAGCCGCAGAACCGCUGCGUUCACCCUCAGAACCGCUGCGUGCACCCGCAGAACCGCUGCCUGCACCCGCAGAACCGCUGCCUGCACCCGCAGAACCGCUGCCUGCACCCGCAGAACCGCUGCCUGCACCCGCAGAACCGCUGCCUGCACCCGCAGAACCGCUGCCUGCACCCGCAGAACCGCUGCCUGCACCCGCAGAACCGCUGCCUGCACCCGCAGAACCGCUGCCUGCACCCGCAGAACCGCUGCCUGCACCCGCAGAACCGCUGCCUGCACCCGCAGAACCGCUGCCUGCACCCGCAGAACCGCUGCCUGCACCCGCAGAACCGCUGCCUGCAGCCGCAGAACCGCUGCCUGCAGCCGCAGAACCGCUGCCUGCAGCCGCAGAACCGCUGCGUUCACCCUCAGAACCGCUGCGUGCACCCGCAGAACCGCUGCCUGCACCCGCAGCGGCAGCACGAACCAAAGAAGAACCAGUUCCUUCAUCAACAGAACCAGCAGCUGUCGUAGUUGAGCCAACACUUGUGGCAGCAGAACUAGUACUUUGCUACAGUGGAACCAGAACAAGGAGAACCCGAACCUGCUCCAGUGGAACCGGUUUCUGCCUCGUAGCAGAUUCAGUGUUGCAAGUCUGCUUCGUCCCCAGCUUGCACUCUGUGACCUCUUGCACCCCCCCCCCCCCUGACAGUGUAGCCAACCCCCCCCCCCCCCCGACAGUGUCGACGAGUCGUUUACCAAAUGUUAAAGUUCCUCGUGUAUGUCUAAUCAAAUUGUAAACAUUUAAUGAAAAAAAUCACCACUAGAUGGCAGCACCAGUGUGAACUCUCCUAACUUUAUAUCACAAUUAACAAAGUUUAAUUUGUUACUCGUCCCCUGGAAGCUGUAUCAUUCAUAUACCUAUGUUAAAUCAUGGUAUGAAAAUUUAAAACGUUCUGAAGUCGUGAUCGGUGUUUUUGUAUGCCUAUAGAGUCUAUAAU